AGGCCAAUCGUUCAGGAGGUUGAGCCACUCAUUCAUAUAAAACAGACUGACAUGAGUCCAGCCCUCACCUGCUGAGAAACUGACUCACAAUCCACAUUUUUUUCUGAUUCAACUUUAACAGCCAAAUAACAAUGAAUGGCCCAGUGAAUCUUGUCCUACUGGGAAUGUCGGGGACUGGGAAAAGCAGUACUGGAAACUCAAUCCUGGGAGAGAAACUGUUUCUGGCAAAGAGCAGCUCAAAACCGGUGACCACAAUGUGCCAGCUGGGAAAAACUAUGAUAAAUGGCUUACAUGUUCGAGUGAUUGAUACACCUGACAUGUUUGAUGACGACAUGGAAUCAUCAGUCCGAGACAAACUUCUGAAAAAUUGCACAAAUCUGUGUGGGUCUCAUCCUUGUGUGUUUGUUCUCGUCCUUCAGGUUAGUAGAUUUACAGACGGGGAGAGAGACAUCCUGACAAAGUUAAAGAAAAUGUUUGGGAGAAAAGUCAGUGAACAAACGAUCAUCCUGUUCACUCAUGGAGACGAUCUGAGUCGGGCCGCGAUGAGCUUGAAAACCUUUUUACAUCAAUGCCAGCCUGAUCUGAGAGAAAUAGCUGAAAUGUGUGGCGGGAGGUGCGUUCUGUUUGAAAAUAAGGAUUCAGAUACAGGUCAAGUGGAAGAUCUGAUAGACAACGUAAAGGAGGUGUUAGCAGACAAUAGUGAAGCUUCAUGUGAGGUGGGAGAGAAAAGCUGGUGGAAGAUUCUGCAAAUACGAGUGAAUAGCAAGUAACAACGGUUAGUUAUUCAUGGCAACAUCUUAUUACCAGACAUAAUAUCAACAUCUUACUGAACAGGUUAGAACUGUGCUAAAGUUGUACAGAACAUCUGAGUUGUCGUUCUAGAGCGAUUAUGUAUGUAAAAGUAAUUGUUUGGGAACUUCCUCAGAAUAAGUUUAACUAAACCACUGUGAGCUGUUCAACACGUCGCUACUUUCAGUUUGUUUCUGCAGACACUUUUAAUAAGACAAGAGAAACAGAUCAAUCCAAACAUAAUAUCUUCUAAGGUUCAUUUAUUACAUUAAACCCUACAGAGCAGAGUUAGGGUUAGGGUUACCUGGACGUGCAAGUCUUCGGCUCCAUAGCAACAAAAAACAAACAAUAAAGAGAAAAAUGUUCGAAAUCCUAAAAACUGAGAAGCAGGAGAAAGAGAAAUCCUAACCCUGCAAAGGUUAGGAUAGGAUCUUACCAGGAAGUGAAAAAGGGGAGGGCAGGUUUAUGGGCGGAGCAAGCUUUUUCAUAAAAAAUUAAAAGCUCAAAAUAAUCCACCACAGUGCAUUAUUAUUAUUUAUUAUUACUGUUUUUGUUGCUGUUAAUCUAAUGUGUAUGUUUGCACUUAUAAUGUUGAAGCUGCUACAUUUAGAUCUCCCCAUCUGCCUCUUGUGUGGAAAAACCAAAAUAAAAUACUUUAAAUAAGA